CUUUUGCGCUGUUUGAUGACGACCACGCUACAAACGUAAACAUGGAGGAGAAAGAGGCACUGAAAAGGCAAAUUGAACUUCUUCAAAAUCUCAUCAAUAACCACAAGAGUGUCCAUGGCAACACCCCUUUUACUAGAACUGAUCAUCCGCAUCCAGCAAGACCAGUUUUGGCCAGAGGCAGGGGUCAAAACACGACUUUCUUUCAUCCACACAGCUCCAGGGGAAGACUGUGUGCUCCUCAUCCCCAUGGAAACUGGAGGAAGACCUACUCUCUCAGUAACACUACCCCACAACCCACUAUUGGACAGCCCUCAGCCUCUACCUCCUCAUCUGUGGCUUUACCUAGUCCCGUAAAGGCAAGAGGCGUAUCUCACAGCACUUCACUGCCCAGUGACAGCCAGAGAGGGGAAGCUAAUAAAACCAAAACUGCCACUUUAUCAUCACAGAUUGCUCCAGGAGAGAAAGAGGAGCGUUUGAGUAAUAUCAGGAUUGUUGCAACGGGUAGGGCUUCCACAGAUAUUCUGGGAAAAACAGGGAAAGGGGCACCUGAGUCUGGGCGUGAAGAUGGAAGAAGAGGUUCAAGCUUGACUGGCAGUAAUGUGCGACAAGAAGGUCCUGUCAUACAAACUCCGGCUUUUCAGCAGAAGGCUGAAGGGAGGAAUGUAGUCCUGCUGGCAAAGAAAAACAGUGCAUCAUUGCCAUCCUCAGUCACAACCAGUGCUUCUAUGAGUGUGCAGAGCAGCUCCCAAUUACAAGUCAAGCCUUGUAUUCCAGGGAAAACCAACACUGAGAGUAAACCAAGGGUUGUCAUAACAACCACUGCAAAUGUCACAGGUAGUAGUGCCACCCCACCUGUCUCUGCUCUGUCGAAUGCAUCGCAGACAUUCUCCUGUAACCUCAAGUCUUACACCAGCCCAGCCCAAGUGAGCACAUCUACCCUGAAACAGUCCAAGUUCACCUGGGUGAAGAACCAGAAUACAGGAGCAGCAGGAUCCACACAGGAUAGAUUUGUUACUCAGGCCUCAGGCAAAAGUGUGAGUGCUGCCUCAACAUCACUUUCAAAUGCUGGAGUUGCUGGUGGAAGCUCCCCCUCAUCCAUCACCAGUAGGAGAACCCCUGUCAAGAAGUUACCUCGACGGCUUAGUUUAGUCAUAGGAGCCCCCAGGACCUCCAAGUAUACGUGGGUUUCUUCCACUGCUGGAGGCCAAGCGAAGCUCUCUCGAAAACCGCUAUCACCCAGAUCCCUAGCGGUUACUCAGAGAGCUUUGGAGAAAGGAGAUGCCACCAAGAAGUUCAGACCUGCCUCAGCUCAGUCCACCAAAAUGAGAAAGGGAAUAGCAGCUUCCUCCUCCUGCUCCACCAGCAGCUCUCUUAGUAGCCGUUAUCGCUGGAAGGCAGGUGGGCAUAGUGCCUCUGGGGCAGUGGCAGGAGGGGUAACAGUGGCUCGUCGUGGGUCUGCCUUCCACUGGACCUCAGAAAAAAACAAUAAAAGCGUGAAAGGAGGGUUUGGUGUUUCUCCGUCUACACCCCAGCGUGCCUCUGUCCAGCCGUCACCCUCCCCUGGUGGGUUCAAGCUCCGCAGCAGGAUGAAAAUCAUCCGGCGGGCUGCUAGCAGUGAAACUGUAUCAGAGAGGGUGACCAGUCCACCAGCAGUGAUGGUAAGCAGCAAGUAUACCCUCCGUAGGCGGAUACAUACCUUGGCUAGGAGCCCUACAUCUGUGAGGAAGACUCCAUCCAAGGAGCUUGUUUCUUUUGGUCGACAUAAGCUGCGACGACUCUCCCCCACUUAUUUUAGGACAGGUAUCACCUGUCCUUCGCACCGUAGCCCCACUUCCCAGAGGGUGUUGAGGACACGCUAUAAGAUGGUGACCCGCCUGGGUGCUGGCACUGCACACACUCUCCACUACAGCCCCUCUCUGUCCUGGAGAGCUAAGAGGAUCCAGUCUGCCAGCACUACAAAACCGCUCCACUGCUGCAUGACUUUGCUCCAAAGCCGUAUGAGGGCUCCCCAGGAAAGACACAUGCCACCCCAGCACUGGAGAGGGAAGAGAAGCAUGCGCUGGAUUGGUGGGUCCUUGUACAGGGUGUCAGCCAAUAAGCUAUCCCGCACCGUGGCAACCAGCAUGUCAAUCAACCGAACAGGAAGGUGGUUAAGUCCUCAGCAGGUCUCCCUGAUGAGUAUGCCAUCGGGCCGGCCCUCCAACACUCGUCAUGUGGCCAGUCGUGCAGUCCAGCGGAGUCUUGCCAUCAUCAGACAUGCUCGUCAGAAGAAGCAGCAGAAGCAGUACUGCAUGUACUACAAUCGCUUUGGCAAGUGUAACCGUGGCAGCACCUGUCCCUACAUCCAUGACCCUGACAAGGUGGCUGUCUGCACCAGGUUUCUGCGCGGGACUUGUAAACAGGCAGACGGGACUUGCCCAUUCUCCCAUAAGGUGGCCAAGGAAAAGAUGCCGGUGUGCUCGUACUUCCUGAAGGGAAUCUGUAACAACAGUAGCUGUCCUUACAGUCAUGUCUAUGUGUCUCGCAAAGCUGACGUGUGUCAGGACUUCAUCAAGGGCUACUGCCCUCAGGGAGAGAAGUGUAAGAAGAAACACACGCUGGUGUGUCCAGAGUUCUCCAAGACCGGCUCCUGUCCCCGGGGCCCCCGGUGUAAGCUGCAGCACCGCCAGAACUCCAAACGAAGCACCCCCGCAACCCCCACCCCAGCUAAGAAAGGCCGUACCAAGGAGUCCAACAAGAGGCCCCGCCUGUCUGUCAUCAUACCACCUGAGCAGGCCCCUGGCUCUGAAGCAGUCCCAGGGACACCUACCUCGGAUCCCCUGAAACUGCCCUCCUUCAUCUCCCUGUCCAGCUCCCCAGAGGAGGCAGAUGCACCAGACACACUGCCAGCCAAGACCCUGCAAGUUAAAGAGAAAAAGCUGCAGAUCAAGCCACGGCUUUAGAACCACAAAGUCCCACACCGGGGGCUAAAAAGCUAGAGGCACCUGGACACUUCUGAAGAACUAGGAAGAUCGGUCUCUUUCCUGAGUGAUUUCUGAGUGCUAUGUUCAUCCCAGCAGUUAUCUCUGCCCCUUUUCUCUGAAUUAUUUAACUCAGGGCCUGAAGAUAUCUCUUCUACGUGUAGAAGUUCAUUUUACAUAUCUGCUUGGAUGUUUACAAUACAGCUUUUAUCAGUCAAUGUUUUGUAAAAAUUUGAUUAAAACAAAUAAAAUCUUAACUGUUGCUGCGUAA